AUGCUGUGGAACUACAGUUUGGAAUCAUCCAUGUUAUUCCUUCCCCAAGACUGGAAUGAUGGAAAGAAUUUCAGCAUGUACGAAUGAAUAUCAUGAGUUUGGAACACCAUGUGGCGCCUCAAGCCAUGAAACCAAACAGUUAUGAUUAAGUUAUACACAAAGCAGAGGAUCUCUUCAAAAAGUCCCCUGGAUCUGAGUAGGCAAAGAGUGACUGUCCCUCUCCUUUCUGCUGGUGCUUUGAGACAUCAGAUACGGAACAUCAACCUCCACCAUCUGAUUCUCAGCACCAAACAGAAGAGUGUGGCACUGAUACGCCUGAAGUUGUGAGUGAGAAGCUGCAACGUGAUGGAGGUUGAGAAUAAAGAAGGAACCGAGAGCCCUCUGCCCAACGGCAGCACCCAUCCACCCAAACGUGGACGAGGCAGACCACGAGGGUCACUCAAUAAGAAGUUCACUACCGAGAAAGCGCCGACACACAAUGCCAGGCCAUCUAAAAAGGUGGACUUCUUUUCUCCCGACAUAGUCAUAAAGACCAAGGUGAGGAAACGUGGUCGACCAAAGAAGAUAAAAAUGCCCGGCAGGCCGAGAAAGAUCCCGCUCACGCCUGAGGAAGAAUCGGAGAGACUUCACAGGUUGAGUUUACAGCGCAAGCGGAGACUGUCAAAGCCGCUCGGAAGACCACGCAUUCAUCCCAUCGCCGAAGAUCCCAAGGUAAAAAGAGGUAGAGGAAGACCACGCAAGUACGGUGCCAAAUCCAGUUCGCAAAGUGGCAGAGCCAAACAAGCUGGUGUCGAAAUCAGCCUUGAUGCCGCCAACGGUUCUCCACGAAAGAGAGGGAGGCCAGCGGGCUCGUUGAAGAGAAAGAGGGGUCGUCCUGCAGGUUCUACCAAGGUUGCCAAGAUCGCCAGGGCCUCAGAUGGAACCCCAAAAAGGAGAGGCCGCCCUCCAGGCUCUCCCAACAAGGUGAAGAAGAUUCAGCAGGCUGACGGAUCUCCUCGCAAGAGGGGCCGUCCCCCAGGCUCUGGCACCAAACUGAAGGUCAUUCAACGAAUCACCGACGGAACUCCUCGCAAGAGAGGCCGGCCUCCAGGUUCUGGCAAAAAGGUCAAGAUUGUCGAAAAGAAAGUCGGAGACACUCCCCGCAAGAGAGGCCGACCUCCAGGUACCGGAAAAGUCAAGGCACGUGCCGCAGAAGGUGGAGAGAUGGGAGGUGAGAACGCCGAUGGCGCCGCUCCACGUCGUAAGAGAGGACGUCCAAGCAAAGUCAGACUUGCAGUCGUGCUCGAAAAACUCCCCACGGCAUCAGCGGAGGAAGACGAAGAGGAGACUGACGCACCCUCUCCCAAACAAUCCCGCACCUCUGAUGAUUCGUCGCAAAAUCCAAACGAUGAUGAUGAAGACACCAGGGCGAGCGAGAACGACGCAGACCCAGAAGACGAAGAAGAUGAUGACGAUGACGCCAUUGAUUGUUCAAAAGUAAACAACACGAGCGAGAACGAGAUAGUGGGCAAAUUAAAAAAAAAGAAAUGAAGAGAUAAGGGGCUUCGUUGAAAAUUGGUGGGUAUAUUUUUCGAAGGGUUUUAAUAGGCUAUGUCAAUAAUUUUUUUAUUUUUUUUUUAAUUUUUUUAAUCUGACAAAGUGUGCUUUUGAUGUUGCCUGUCAUGCCAGACUGUAUUAUUAUUUUUUUUUUUCUCUCUUUUAUUUUGAAGCUCAUUAACCGAAAUGUUUGCUAGCAGUAUGAUUGAGCACAAUUGUUUUUUUUGUUUUGUUUUUGCAUGGGGAAAAAAGAUAUUUUGUCUGCAUAAUAAUUAAGCAUGCAAACUCGAAGGACAGGUAUGUAGCCUGUUAACAUCAUGGGAUCCAAAAAGAUGAUGCACAAUUAACGGUUCCAUUGAAAACGUUAUCAUGCUAAGCACACCUUAUUGGUUACCAAUGACUUGUGCCAAUAAUUUCAGAGCAACUACCAAACCAGACCGUUUCAGAUGUAGUAUAGUAUCCUCAUACCUGUGCAGUAGUCCGUGUGCACAGGAUUUUAAGAUACUCAAGGCUAAUUUUUAAAAUUUAAAUUGCCCAGAUGGUUUUUAGUCAACGUAGUAGUGGCUGUGAAAAUCUGCUUUUUCGAGGAUGACGGUUAAGUGCGUCUUUUGCUGUAGUUUUAUUUCUUUGAUCAUCGUCGGUUCAUUCAUACUUAAACUGUAAAAUCAGUCCCGCCGAGUUCAGUGUUUUAUAGUGAAACAGUCUUAUUUUAUGCUUCGUAUCAUCAGAUCUUUGUCUGAUAGUUCGGUCAUAUAUAGGUGUUGAGUGCUUAGUUUACGACAACCCCUCAUUUUUGCUAAAAUAUUGUGAUUGCUUCGUUUUUAAGACAUGCCGUUGUUUUUCAAAAUGUGAAUACAUACAAAAUUCUGCUUCGACAGUAGGCUCAUGGGUCCUGGUUUUUAAUUUUCAUAUCAUUUAUGGCUUUUUAUAUUUCUUGUUGCGCCUGUCUUUUUUAGCUUUUUUCAUGUAAGCUUUUUUUUUUUCUCCUUGAUUUGUUUAGUUUGUGUAAAAGCGUAGACUUCUCUUGCUAUAAACCGUAGAUCUUGUCUUGAUUAAUUUUCAUGUAUGAUUUAGCUUGAAUCUGUAUGUACCAGUAGAUGCUGAAAACAGAUUGUUUUAGCUGAGAACUUGCAUCUAGAAAUGUUCUUUCAUGUUAAUAAGACAGUUACUGUUCAGACAUGAUUGUUCAAUAGACAUGAAGUGCAUUUCAUGCUGUAGUACGAAACAGUUCUGUAUCACCGCUUUGUAUGAUUCAUUUCACUUUGUGAUUUGGAUGAGCAUUGUUGCUGAUUAAUAACCAAUUAAAUCAUACCAUAUUCA